AUGUCACCUGCCGUGAUUGCCGAGAUGCAGCCGGAUCUGCACCAUGAUCAGCUUGAGGCCGUGGGCAAAGCUUUCGAUGCGCUCCUACUAACAGUGUACCAGCUGACUCACAGACAAAAUGAGCUGUUACAGCACAUGGAUAAUGUCUUCAAAGAGUACACAGAUGUGAUAGAAAUUCUGCCUUCUCAAGAUAGACAUCAUGCACAAGACGUUCAAUUCAAGCUGUUUGCUCAGCAGGAAGAAUAUCGUCAGGGCCUCGUACACAGCAAGCCUCGAGUGGCGGAACAACCUUUGAAUUCCAUGGAUGUAAUCAAGACCCUCGUUGCACAUCAAAAUGUAGACGAAAAUACUUUCUCGGCCAUCAAGAACGGAGUCAAAGGGUGCAAAGCUCUGCUCCGUUCUCAAGAUAGCCUCUCCCAAAUAUCCUCAAACUCGUGCAUCCUCGCGCAAGCACCGGCUCCAGCAAUCGCGCUGGAGAAGGACUUCACAACGAAUGGCACCCAGGGAAAUUUGCAAUGCCCCUUUUCCAAACCGAAUAAGAUGAAGAGCACAAAUGGCAGCGAGGUCCCCAGUGGGAAGGACUCUGCGCCAAAGAUCCAGAUCGAAGCCAUCUGCGGCCACGAGCAUCUGGACCCUAUCAAGGCCGAACAAGACGAACGACGCUCUAGCCACACCCCAUCAGCCCCGUCAUCAAAAGGAGGAUGCCCCGUCUCCCGAUGCCCGAUCCGAUUCCUCGAUCAACACUCCCCCGAAGAAAUUGCCGAAUACGUCGAACGACACAAACAUGAGAUCCCCCGCAGCCACGCAAUUUGCGUCAAGCGCUAUCAACGAAACCCACAGGACAUGAGACAACUGGACGCCAAAUACGGUGGCCUGACAAGCAUGAUUGCUGGCUUAGGUGUCAAGCACCAAGCCUUCCUGCCUGACUGUCAGACCAACGGCGAAGGCCACUCCUCGCAUUCUGCCUCGACCGAACGUGUUGAGAAAUGGGCCGACAACGUGGACCAUAAUACACCCAUCGCCGAGAUCGAGGAGAAGAAUGAGGACGAUAACCGCCAGAGUCACUUUGACCGUCCCCUGCGUGAAGUCCGCGUGGGUGAAUCCCCAAGCAGGCCCUGGGGCAUUUCGGUCCCCGUCACACAUCUACCUCCUACCUCAGCGCCGUUCUCUGGUUCAGCGUCUAUCACUACAUCCGCCGAUCCUCAAGCCGACAAGCCUGAUAAACCCACCGAUGCCAAGGUCCUUGAUGCUAAGCCUGCCGGCGGUUGUCCAUUCGGCCACGGCAAACCAAAGCCCGAAGCAGAAACACAUGGCAGUGGUGAAAGGCACAAGGACAAAAAUGUUGCUACGCCAGAAAAACCUGGUUGUCCAUUCGGUCACAACAAACCAAAGGCCGAAGUUGCAAAGCCUGAGACUGAGGCCCCCUGGGGUGAUGACUGGCCGAAGACCUGGACCAAGAAGCAGGCCGUCACAGACCAAGUCACAGAUCAAGCACCUGCCCCCGAGGCUGCUCGUGCUCCAGUUGCUCCUGUGAGCGAGGAAUCGACUACGAAACCCGACAUCCCCUCAACAUUCUCAACCCCCUCCCACAUCACAUUCAAUGGCCCUGUUUUCCUCGGGUACUCUGCCGAGGAGACUGCCAGCCUAUUGCAGCAGCUCGGCAACCUAGGCAAAUCAUGA